AUGAACUAUAAAGAGAGGAAAGCAGAAGACAAUGUGUCCACAGUGACGCAAUUUGUACUCCUGGGAUUUUCUGACCUUCCACAGCUCCAAGGGUUACUAUUUGUGCUGUUCUCCAUCAUUUACAUGAUUAUCUUAAUUGGAAAUAGUCUCAUAAUAAUAAUAACCAGGCUGGACAUUGCACUACAGAAACCCAUGUAUUUUUUCCUGGCAAAUUUUUCCUUCUUGGAAAUCUGUUACGUGUCCGUUACUCUCCCUAGGAUUCUGGUGAACCUUUGGACUCAGGAUAGAAUCAUUUCAAAGCUGGACUGUGCCAUCCAAAUGUGCUUCUUCCUUAUGCUGGGAGCCACUGAAUGUUUCCUCCUGAUGGUGAUGGCCUAUGACCGCUACGUGGCCGUUUGUAACCCUCUGCACUAUCCUCUCGUCAUGAACCAAAAGAUGUGUACCAAACUGGCUGUUGGCUCCUGGAUCAGUGGAAUCCCAGUCCAGAUAGGACAAACAUGCCAGAUUUUUUCUCUACAUUUCUGCGAUUGCAAUCAAAUUAACCACUUCUUCUGUGACCUACCCCCCAUUCUCAAGCUAGCCUGUGAGGACACUUCUGUACAUGAGGUGUCAGUGUAUGUGGUAGCUAUUUUAUUCGUUGUAGUCCCUUUUGUGUUGAUACUUGCCUCUUACAGCAAAAUCAUUUUCACCAUUCUGAGGUUGCCCACAGCCAGAGGAGGGGCCAAAGUCUUCUCCACAUGUUCUUCCCACCUGCUAGUUGUACUUUUAUUCUUUGGAUCUGCUACCAUUACCUACUUAAGGCCAAAAUCCGGUCAUUCUGCAGGAAUGGACAAACUGCUCUCUCUUUUCUAUACCAUAGUGACUCCCAUGUUUAAUCCCAUGAUAUACAGCCUUAGGAACAAGGAUGUUAUUGCAGCUCUGAGAAAAUUAUUACUUAAAAAAUAA